AUGAAGUGGGUGAAGAGUGCCUUUUUCCCGCCGAGCUUUUCGCGAUUCCUUGGAAUCUCUUUGGCUGAUCUUUCUCCUCGAGGGAAUCGCGCAGCAGCAAAUAGGCCCCCUUUUUCAACAGCCCAAACCGUCUCAGUUUCAUUUCGACCGGUCUGCCCGGCACCGUCUCUUCCCUCCGGCUCCCCAUCGCCCAUCCUUAUCAUUUCCAUCCCUUCGAAGGCUCUACGUCGCCUGAUCCCAGUCGUUUAUUCCCCGUUCCACCCUCCUCCGUCGCUGUUCGUCGCACAAAAGUUCGGCUUAACGACCACUUGUUGCGGCAUCGGUGUCCUCCCGCAAAGGACCACCACAGAGCGUUUCCUUCACCGACCAAGAUCGCGAAUCAUCUCGGUAGCAUUCUUACCUGGUCCGCCGUCCGAUCCCGUCUGCAUACGCCCGCCUCUUGGUGCCAACUCUUCUCCCUCUAUCCCCCAGGAUCCACGAUCAUAUCCGAAAUUUUAUUUUAACUAUUGGAUCCUCAGCCGACAUUCCCAGAAGUUUAUUAGCCCCUGUGAUCUGAGCGCAGGAAUUGCACGUUUUGCAAUUUGUCUGACCCUCAAAUUCGAACAACUCCUUUCUCGUAUUUCUUCGCGCAACCUUCUCCCUACCUCCCUCUCCGUCUAAAUCGACGCUCCGGACUUACUCUCUCGGUGUAAAUCACUCACCGUUCCACCUCGUUGCUUGCUGCUUUCUCGGUGCCGGCAACAUCCUACCUCACCCGAUCAAGCCUUUGACAAUUCGAUGGAGCAAUUGACCCCUUCUGUGGAUUCUAUAUCAGAAUUGAAAUUUCGAGCGAGCGUAUACAGGUGAAGGUCCCUGCGAAAUCG